AUGGUCCGCAAACCGCAGAAGGGCCCGGCCCUAAUCAACCGUGACCACCUCGAGCGCGCGCAUUUCGCUCUCCAGGCCAGCGUGUUUCUUCAGGAGCUCGCUGCUUCCGCUUCUUCCGACUCCCUUCCCGCUCCGGACACGAAAGGGAAAGGGACAGGCCGCGAGACAGUGGCGGACUUUGCCCGCCUCGCGCAGAACAACAUGCGGUCUUUCCGCCGGUGGACGGUGCACAACCUUGUCAAGCUCGACCCCUCCGUCAAGCAUGCGCUGUGCGCUUGCAACACCGUCCUCGUCCCCGGCCUCACCGCGAGUGUCCGCGUACGCCCAAGCGCGGCACACGGGAACAUUGUCCACACGACAUGCGGAUGUGGGCGCAGAGUCGGGGUGCCUGCGGCGCCAUGUGGACCUAGCACAGACGGGGCACAGGCAAGAGAAGGCGGAGGGUCACUUGAUGGGCCGGUACGAGGUGCUCGUCGGGCGCGCCUCGCUCGCAAGGUUCCAUUCCACCGGAGAGAACGGGUUGGUGUCGACGACGACGUGGAGGAGCCGACGAAGAAGAAAAAGGCCAAGGUGGCGGGACCUCUACGAGAGGGACACGUACUCUGGGCCGGAGGGGAUCGGGUGAGCGGGUGGGGAGUGACGUCCGAUGAGCCCCAAACCGCACCACUCGAGGAGGCGGACAGUUCACAGCCCGAGGCCCUGGCACAAGCGAAGCCCGCACCCCAACCGAAGCAACCACCCCAACCGAAGCAACCCAAACAGAAGAAGCAGAAGCAACAACCACAACAGCAGAAGCAGGCAGACCGAGGCCAGAAAAAGAAGGAGGAAAAGGAGAAGCAGGAGAAAGCCCUCACACCCGAAGAGCUCGAGGAGCUCGCGAACAACGGCUAG